GCGGAGCUGAGCGCCCUGGGCGGUUCCUCGGGGAGGAGACGGAGGCGGAGGCCUCCGGGGCUCCGGGUGUGGGGACCCCAGGCUCCUCGCCCCCGCCCGGGCCGCCUCGGCCGGAUCCCCGCGGUCUGGACUCUCGGGCGGCGGCGAGGACGGCGUGUCCACUGUCGAGGCAUGAAGGCUGCUGUGCUGGACCUUGGGUCUCUCUUGGCCAAACUCUUCGAGACCUCGACGGCGCCCCCCGCAGGCCCCUCCUCCAGACCCUCCGGAGGUGCUGCCGCUGCAAGGUCGGGGGGUUCCAGGGCGGGCACCCCGCUGGGCACCGCCCCGACCCCGACGCUCCUCCGCGCCCUUGCUCCGGACUCCCCCUCGGCCUCGCGGCGGGCGCCCGCCCCGCUGCUCCCCGCCUCCUACUCCCGGGGCUCCACCGCCAGCCGCGCCGCGGGAGCAGUGGGGACCCUGCUCUCGUGGCCCAGUAGCCCCAGAGCGACUAAAGCCCCGCCCCAGCCCCCCACUCCCUCCGGCGAGGUCUGCUCCCCUACACCCCUGGUGGUCCCAGCGCGGCCGACCACGGGCCCCGGCGGGGCCUGGGCCGCGCUCCCGCGGAACCCGCGCCAGCUUGGCCCCGGAGAGCGAGAGCCCAGCGCCUACGUGGCCCCCGGGGCUGGCCCCAGAACCCUGUUCCUUACCCUGCCUGACAUCGGCGAGGAGGGGGCCUCGGACGGCGACUCCGGGGAUGGCGAAGCAAGAGGACUGUCAGAAGGACCUAGAAGGCACAGUUAUACUGUGAGAAGCAAAGAUCCUUUACCUACACAUUUUACAAGAAAUGUGCAGAAAGCCAUUGAUAAAUAUACCUGCGAAUCAUCCUUUUCCUCCAGCGGAAGCCGCACACCCACGGGAGCCCACACCUCUUGGUCUGGGUCGGCCACACAGAGCUCCACCACCGGCUCGUCCACGGAGAGGGGCUCCAUUUAUUCCUGGAGAGAUGACGAAUUUGACGAAGCCAGUGCACAGACAGUGCAGCGGUUACUCUGGGAGGUGGAGGAAAUGUUAUUUGAAGAGAAAGUGAACCCUCAGACCCAGAGUCUGCUGGCCGAAUGCGGGGAGUGGACAAGAAGAUCCCUCCAUCUGAGAGUGUUAGGAAGACAGCUGAGCCUGCCCACUGACGAAGGCGUCCAGCAUCUCCAGGGCAGCACUGCUGCCUCCGAGGUCCACAGACCCCCGCUCAGUGCCUGCGGACGCAGCAGCAACAUCAGAGAGUUGUGCAUUUCUGGCUCUCAAAUAGUCCCAGCAGCACUCUCAGCCUCUGCCCUUCCAGGCCCCAAUGGGACGGGGGUUGCUGACCUCACAGCAUGUUCAUCUCUGGAAGAAGAGGUUUACCAUGUGGAUGGAAAGAUUGAAGAGUAUUUCGCUUUUGACAGAAAAGAGGAUGAUGAUGAAUGUCUUGAACAAAAACCAGCUCAGCCUGGUAGGAAAAGGCGCAAACUCGGACUUCCUCCUGUUUCCCCUCAUGAGUGUGUCAAAGAUGCCGUGACAGCAGAAGUGUUUGAUCACGUCUGGACAAAUAUGGUAGAACUUUUGGAAGAGCUCAUUAGAAAGCACUGGGAAACUACACUCACAGAAGGGAAAAAACAGAGAGAAAAAUUGAAAGUAGCUGGAAACAGAUGUUCACAUGCCCUCAUUCCACACACUCACGCUGAUGGAGCCAGUGGCUCCCCGUCCGGAAGCUCCGAGGCUCACAGCAUCUCCCUGGCUUCUCGUCUGAACCCGCCCCAGUGACAUUUUUAUAGUGACAUGGAUGGCGUCAUGACAAUUCACGCAAAGCCGCUUCAGCGGAGACCUACCUGUUUCGCCGACAGAACGCAGAAUGAGAAGGAGGACAAAGCCUCGGUUGGAGGGGCAGGUGCUCCCUCCUCCGCACGGCACAGACUGGGACGGGCCUCAGACACUCAUGGAUUACCACCUUCUGCAAAGCAGACACCUGUGCCCUGGAGGCUGCCUUCUCUUGCUUCAGAUUCUCAGAGACUCAAAACCCCCAACAUCUAUAGUGACGAAGUUCUUCGGGGAACAAAACUGCCGACUGGCGUGGACCACAUGGUUUCGCCGCUGGUUCAGACAUCACGGAGCAGGUUCCCCCCGAUAGGCGUGGAGACCAGGGAGCAGAAUACAGCAGUUCCUGGAUGCCGCCUUGUUUCUUACAGAGGAAGGCAUCUACAAAACCGUGUGUCGAGUGCCGUGCCUGAUGGUAUAGAACGAUCACGUCUUCGAGAAAGAACUGCUACCCUGGAACAGCUGUCAAGGCCCAGCACAACCCAUACGUUCCGGUCGGAUACGCCUCGAAAAAGUUCACUGACACAAAUGGAAUUUGCUGCUCACACAUGGACAGGUCAAAGUAUUCUGACAGGUUCACAAUAUGUGCCUAAAUCUUUUCAGAGGACAACUUUGACUUUAAAGAAGAGAUUCCAAGUGACAUCUUGAAACCACCUGACCAGAACCAUUGGCACACUCAUGGUCUCAGCACACCACUUAUCGCUUGAAAACUGGAGGAACAAGUAUUCUGUUUAUCUGUGUGUCUGACAGUGUGAGAUGCUAGACUGAGAAAAAUGCAAACAAAUAAAUCACUUAAUUUUGAACA